CAGACAUCCGGUGGUGGGGCAUUUACUCAAAUGUAGAUGAGUCUGAAGUGAAAGUUCUACGUCCCUUGAAGGCGCAACUUCAACUCAUGCCAAUUGAGCACGAACAGCACGGAUUAAAUCGCAUUUUCACGAUGAAGAUUCCCUACAACUGUCUAGAGCCUGCGGCCAAUGUGGUCUUUGCUGCCAGGGGUGGAAAGAUUCAUUCGUUCAGCCUAGAAGAUGGCGCUCACAUCUCUACAUGGAAGCAUCCCGACGUCGAAAAGGCUGCUGCUGCUGCUGCUGCGUCGGCUGCUACCGCCAAAGUUGAGAUCGAAGUGAGUUCCGGUGUUCCCACACCUUCGACCCCGGCCAACGACGAUGAUGAACCACCCGCCAAGCGUCAGAGAGUAGAGAGCGGCGAAGAAGACAAGGCGGGGGUACAGGAAGAAGCCAAGGAUGUCGAUGCCAUGGUUGUCGAUAGUGAACCUCAGAAGGCCGAACACCAGAAGAGGGAUAGGAGAAAGGGCACCAAGAACAUGAGGCGAAACAACCGGGAUGGUCAGCAAAACAACCGCGGCACGGCGUUUGCGAGAGUCCCAGACUAUCCCGUCAUUACCAUCAUGACGACAACUAGUAACGGAAGUCACUUGUUGGCCAUCUCGGGUCAUGACAAGUCUCUUUGGGUCUUUGAGCACGACGGCAAGGGAAAUCUGAAGGAGUUGAACCAGAGACAAAUGCCUAAACGUCCCUGCUCGGUUCUCAUCUGCCCAGACAACGAAACCGUCUUGAGUGCAGACAAAUUCGGCGAUGUCUACUCUCUGCCGCUGAUCCCCUCGGAAGCCCCGCAAUCCUCCGAGGCAGCGGCCCAGCCCGAGGCCGCCCCCGAGACGGCUCCCGCAGCUGCCAAGCCCUUCACGCCAGAAGCGAACUCCUUCACCGUACACUCCAAGAGCAAUCUUCGCGCUCUCCAGAGCCAGCUGCGUGAGCAGCAAAAGUCGAAGCGCGACGUCGCCAAGGAGCAGCCGACGUUUGAGCACACGCUCCAGAUCGGCCACGUCUCCAUGCUCACUGCCCUGACGCUCGCGUCAAAGGGGCCCCGUCGGUACAUCAUCACGGCCGACCGCGACGAGCACAUCCGCGUUUCGCGCUUCAUGCCGCACGCCCACGUCAUUGAGGGAUUCUGUCUCGGUCACGCCAACUUCAUCAGUGCGCUUACGCUGCCAAGUCAGGACGUCUUGGUCUCCGGUGGCGGUGACAGCGAGCUGUUCGCCUGGAACUGGGAGAACGGCAAGGUCUUGUCAAAGUUCGACGUCCUGGGACAAGCUCAGCAAAUCGACAAGGAGACUACCAAGGUCGCUGUGUCCCAGCUGCUCUCGGCCAAUGUCACGGAGAACGGCUUGCAGGUGCCUGUCGUCCUUGUAGUUUGCGAAAGGUUCGUCACUCUUGUAUCUAACACCAAGUUUAUUAUAGCUAAACCAGCACCUAGCGUUUCUGCCAUUCUCGUCCUUCGUUUGGCGGAAGACAACACCCUUUCACAUGUACAGACCAUCUCGCUCCCUGGAAACCCGCUUCACGUAGCACCGAUUGCUACCGAAAACUCAAUGACCAGCAUACUGGUGACCAUUGACCCGGCAGAGAACGAAGAUGCACACAAUGGUAUCGUCUCUUUCAGAUGGACCGGCGCCGCCUUCUCGUCCCAAGACCUUGAGAUACAAGACGCAAGCGUGAGUGAGGCUGAGUUCGACAUGUCUCACGAGCAGGUGAGAAAGCUGCUGUACAAUACCGAGGACUUGCGCAAGCGUGGUGAUGAUGAGCAAGGAGAGGAGGCAGAGGGCGAGGAACAAGCGCAGGCAGAAGGCGAGCCUGUGGCGAAAUAGUUAAUGUGAAAGGUUGUGGCAUAAUUUACUAUGUGAGCACUGCAUGUAUCAGGUGGGCAAAAGCAAUUCAGGCACGUUUAUC